AUGGCAGUGCCACCGAGCGCCCGACCCCUUCGCCGCAGUUACUCCUCCACCAAUAUCAAAUACCGCCUCCUGAAGCCACUCCAACGCCGCGUCUCCGAUUCCGCGACCGAAGCUGUCCCUCCACAGUCCUCAGAACUCAGUGAGAGCCUCAGAAACGCCCUCUCUCCUCCUCCUCCGCACUCGUCCCACGUGACCUCGACAUCAAACAUCGACCCGCUAUCCGAACUCUCCCCCGCUCAAUCCCCAGCCCCCAUCCUCCGCAACAACCAGCGCGCCCUCUCCCCACAGCAAGCCUCCCCUCUCACCAGCACCUCCCAGCGCCUAGCAUCGCAAUCCCGCACUAUCCGCACCCUGACGAGCCUCAACGCGGACCUCGCCGCCCAUCUCGGCGACGCCCUAGCUGCAGGCAAGAACCUCCUCACGCGCUUCAAAGACGUGGUAUCCAAGCACGACGCGCUAGUCGACCAGCUCCACGAAGCGAAUCGCGCGGUGCUCCGCCUGAAGAAGAGCGAUAGGGCGAAGGGGAAAGUGCAGCAGCGGAACUUGAGACUAAAGGCUACGAUUAGGAGCCAUCAGUGUGGGGGCAGGGGGAGGGAGGAGGCGUUGUUGGAGGCGCUGGCGCUGGCUAGUGAGAGGAUUGAGGAGUUGGAGAGUGCGGGGGAGAGGGUGCUUGAUGCGUUGGAUGGGGAUGAUAGUGGGAGUGAGGAUGGUGAUGGCGAGGGGGAUGAGGAGGGUGGGGUGGGGUUGCUGGAGGCGGGGGUUGUGUUUAGGGGCGUGCUGGAGGAUGAGACGUUUAGGGAGCAGAAGGUGCUUUGGGGCGAGCUGCUGGAGACUUGA